AUGAAGCAGUGUCACAUCUUCAUUGGUGCACGAAGGCAUGGUAAUUUUGCCCACAACAUUUGCCCCUCAAGAAGGGCAUUUCUGGAAACACUUUCCGGAGCUCUCAUAGGCGAUUUCCGGCGUGUUCCUACCACCAUCAGGCGAUUUCCGGCCACCACGAGACUCAUCCUUUUCCUCGUCAAACUCAUCCUGUUCUUCGCGAAAUUCAUCCCGUUCUUCGCGAAACUCAUCCUGUUCUUCACCAAGUACUUCGCGGAUCUUUCAAGGUUAGUUUUCGCCUUUCUUGUUUUUGUUAUCCUCUCGUCAUUUUUCUCUUUGUUAGCGGCCGACCUCUUAGUACUAGGUAAGGGUUUAAAGGUUUUAUUUAAGAUUUUUCCGCCGUUCAUCUUUUGUCGGGGCGGACGUCCAAUCGCGUCUUUUUCUUCAUUGUUGGUCACCCCUAAGCCGUGCUUCGUUCACUAUGCAGAAGGCAUGGCUAGAACCAAGCAAACGGCAGAUCCUACGCGCCUGCGCUUGCGGGAAGGAGCAUCGACACCUCCUAGGGAGAGAUAUUCUUCCACCGCCUCGGCAGUCGACGAAGAAUUUGCCGAACUCUUUCAAGAGAUCGACGAGUACGUCGAGGCGGGGGAGCAGGCGGCAAGCUCGUCGGAGGGUACAGCGAGCCAGGCAGUGGGGGAGCCAAGCGUCGCUCCAUUGUCAUCGGCCGCCGAGGAGCAAGAAGCUGCUCCCCAGCUUAUUAGGCCCAGAGGACGGGAGGAGGCCCAAUUGCUUCCGUCAGAAAUUCAUCCAGACUGGACGUCUAUUUAG